GAGAAGGCAGCUUCUUCCCCAGGGACUUCACAGCUGUUGGCUUCGAGCCUGGUUUAAAAGCAAACAGUCAUCUUAAUGUCUCAGCUUCCUCUAAAUGUUCAGUUCUCCAUAAAUGGCCUUCCCCCAUUCACAGAGAACUUCGUAGUAAAUGACAAGAUCUUAGCAAACAAUUCUCUGCUGAAGGAAGAUGGCAAUUAUCCUGCCUUUGUGGAAAGGAGUGGGUGUUUGCAUGCAGGAAUUUGUUCAUCUUAAUUUAAGGCAACGGACCAUGACAUCAGUACCUGUGGACACAUGGGGAAGAAAAGACCAAAGACAACCGCUUAUUUCUAGGGGAAUGUUUGCAACAGCUUUUCCCUAUAUAUGUGUGAGAACCUGUGAGAACCCUCACCGUGUGUAAGUCCUCUUCUUUCCUCCCUCCCUACAGAUUCAAAGCACUUUUUUUUACCUUCUACAGGUGCAAACUACAUAAUGACAAAUAUGCAUGCAGUACAGAAGGAAGUAUUUACCAAGCACCUAGCGUACUGAAGAAAAGGAUCAAAUAGAACAGUCCUACCUCCCCAGCAGGAUCUUAGAGCAUAAUUAAAAUGUACAGCUGUUUUGUACAGUUCCAAUAUCACCGUGAGAAGAAUAAACACUCAUGGUGUACUAUGAAUACACGCAAUGAAAACAGAGACAUAAAAUCUAAGGUUGUGGUAUUCAAGGACAGGACACACUGCUGCCCACGAGUCAGAAGACAACAUAUGUGAUUCAGUUAACAUGUUUAGGUAACUCUUCAUCUGCUUUACCCUUAACAUCUUCAGGUAACGCUCCAUCUGCUUUACCCUUCUGGGCUAUCAGAAGAGUAGGGACAUGACUUCAGCACAGCGUUCGCAGUCCUGUUCCCUGAUACAAAGGUGAUCCACUAUCACCAGAGUCAUUUAGCUGCUGCUGAAGCAUUCAAGAGAUCAGUGUUUAAGGUAAACUAGAACUAUGUCACUGUGCAAUGUCAGCUUAUCAGGUGCAGUGCUUCAGUAGCUAUGGCAGAAGCAGCCAGUUCAUCCUGCAGCAGUGGGUCAGAAUGUCUACAACCAUUUGACUCCUCUGGCAGAUUCCUGCUGUUAUAAAUGCAGAGUGAAAAGCUUUAGCUGAAAUUAUUGAGGUUACAAUGAAUGAAUUUUAUCUUAUGCUUAUAUAUGAUGAUAUGAUGACUUACUGAAGCCUAGCUGACACCAAGUUAAUCCACAGUAACUUAAACAUGUGACUGAACUCCAGGCCAGAUGAUCCCAUUGAUCCCAUUAUUUUUCCUCAUCUGAAUUCUUCCCCUGCCAGAUACUGCUUAGGACAGAAAUAAAGCUCUGACAUUUUGGUAGGGCUGUAGGCACUGUUAUCUCAUCCUGUUUCUACAGUCCAUUAAUUUCCACUUGAAAACAAAAACAACAACAAAAAAAACCCCACAUUUUUUUCUUUUACUUUAGCUCCUGCUGCUCUGUAACGUGCUUCCCAUGGCAGAUGCUGUGGCUUCAUUUCUAUCUGCUUUCCUGUAUAUCUCCAGAGAUUAAACUAUCUUGAACUCUUACGAAAAUCAGGAUCACUCCUGUAUGGGAACGGCCUGAACCACUGAUUGAGCACCUGGAGAAAAGACCUGGUCAGCCCUGGGAGCACAUGUGAAGGCAAUUCAGCCUUGCAACUGGAAGGGGUGGAGCCUGGCUGCACCUCUCUUCAACUUCAUUUAUGGGCUGAUUGCCUCUGGAAAAAGAUCUCCUUCUGAAGAUCCCUUUUCCACGUUCUUUUCUCCAUGAACCCAGAUCCUUGUAGGCAGGCUACUGAGGUAUUUGAAAAGAAAGGAUCCCGCACAAAUCAAACUAGAGCAGCUAGAGCAAGGGUUUUCUCUGUAUAUGAAUGGAGCGAAUUCAGAGCUGAGAAAGUACUGCAAAAAAAUCCACUCAUUUGGCCACUUGAAAAAUGAGACGCAGACCACAACGACAAAUGCAUCCCAGCUAAAAGCAAGUGAAUUGCAAGUGCACAGUACACAGACUGCACCAAGCAAAAUACAACGCAAAGGAUGGCUUCAGAAAGCUGUGGAGAUUAAAACAGGAAGAGGGACCAAACUCCGCAUUAAACCUCCUCUUGAGUACUCUGAGGAUUUUGAACCUUAUGAAAGUAUGAGUACGGAGAGAAAUAGCGAUGAUCCUCUCCAUUACUCCCAGAAACUGAAAAGCAGCUUGCAACUCAGUGUAGAAGAGGAAAAGAUGGAAGAAGAUUCUUCUAGUGAGGAUUAUUCCUCUGUUGAAGAGGAAGUGUUUUCAGAACCAUCUCCUACUGAAGAAACAAUUACAAGCUUUGGAAGCCUUCAGUUGCAGAGCAGUACAUCAUUGCGGAAAGAAGCUUCUGAAUGUCAGGAUGCUGAAAGAUGCUCUAGCUUGGUUUCUGGUACCCUUACUGCAUUGGAGUACAAGCAGGAUCAAAGUAAAUUGAAGCCAGUGCGAGUUCUCUCAGCCAAGAGAAAAGAUAAUGCUGAAACGUACAUUCCUGUCAGACCAGUUGUGGUAAAAAAUAAAAUCAAUCGACCGCUCUCUGCUGAGUCCUUGCAGCCACAUAGGCAGGAAAGAAUUUGCUAUAGACCAUUAAGUCGACCAGAAAGACCACUUUCAGCAGCUCGAAAGAAUGAGUGUGAAAAGGACUCUGAACUCUCUGUUUCAGCUGUGGUUAAAGCUAUGCAAAUUGAAAAUGAAGCCUUGCAGAGAGAUUUGCAAAGCCAGUCAGUUUCCACAAGCCCUCAAAAGAAGAAGUUUUCUGUUUCACCUGUUCUCUCUGCAAUGGUUGAACCUUCAGAAAAAACCCAGGUGAAGACUGCUGUCACAAAAGAUGUAGAGAACACUUCUGGAAACAGACACGAGGAGGAACUUCUGGAAUUUCUUCAGGAGACUGAGAGCAAUUCUACCUGUGAUAAUGAAAUACUCCUAUCUGAUGAAAAAUCGGAAGCAGAUUAUGUUUUAACAGAGAAGAUGACGACAAAUGUGGAAGUAUGCGAUGCCAUUUAUGUGACUGUGGAACUUCUUUCUAACUGGGGAAAUCCACUAAACAUUGGCUUGAGAGAGGUGGAAUUCUUUGAUUUAUACAACAAAAAGAUAUUUGUGUCUCCUCAUGAUGUGGACAUUCGAAAUGCUGACUACCCAGGGGAUUUGUGCUGCUUGGUCAAUAAGAACUUAAAUACGAGAAAGGAAGGCGCCCUUUGGAUGUGCCCUUUCUAUCCGCCCAUCCAACUUUACUUUGUUAUCCGCAAUCCCACCCGAUCCCAUGACUUUGGUGUAUCCAAGAUCAAGAUUUGGAAUUACAGCACAACAACUAGUGACCUUGAUGUUGGAGCAAAGAAGGUGAAGUUAUAUGUUGAUGAGAACCUUGUAUUUGAUGGUGAAUUGGAAAGAGCCUGUGGAGAUCUGAUUGCUGACCAUGGCACUACAAUUGACCUUACAGAAUGCAAGCAGGGUAUAACCCGUUCUUCACAUGGAAGUAAAGAAGUAAAUGCAACUGCAGUGACGGGCGAGGAAGUGGAUCUGCAUUUUGAAUGUUUACAGACAAACCAUACAUCAGUAAGCUCAAAAUCUCUGCCAGAAGAAAAUCUUGAGGAUAAGGUGAACUCAGUCAGCUUGACUAAGGAAAACUUAUCUGAGUUAGAGGAUGAUCUAGAAGUGUUACCGUCUCACGUUUGUAUAGAAGAUACGAAAGAAAGUGUGGCAGUAGAAGUUAUUGAUCAUGAUCAGUUUGAUGAUGAACUUCCUUUGAGUGGGCAAAUGGAAAAGCUAACAGGAAGAAAAUUGUCUGAUUCUGCAGGUGCAAUUCCUUCUUGGUUACACUCAUCGUCCCAAGGAAGAGAGAAUCCUCAAGAUAGUUCUGGUAAGCAGAAGCCUCCCUGGCUUGCUUCAGAACAUUGUUUAGGCUUGAAAUUUCAAACACACUCAGAUAUAAUCACGAAGAACUUCCCUGAUCUGACUAAUGAAGAUGCCAAGUGUCACAGAAGUGAGCUGGGAAGAUCGAGUAGUAGAAAUGCAAAUGGAGAUGUGAGAUCACAAAUGCUGACCAGAAAGGACAGUGAUGUUGACUUAGAUGUUUCAGAGCAACGUUCUAACAAGCAUGGCUGCAGCAUGGAGUACCCGACAAGUGGAAGGAGAAGUGUAAAAAAGCAGGGAUUAAACACCAUGAAUCUUAGAGAUGAUUCAACACUCAAAGAUGAGGACUUGGCUAUCAAGGAAGUUGGCACCUCUAGAGCAAAGUGGCACAAUGAACAAGAACACACUCUGCAGGAGUCCUGGAACUCCUUGGUAAAGUUUAAUUACUCCCAUCGUGGCCGAAUCUCUAACAUGGAUUUUCAAGGGGAUAUCUUCGAUGAGUUUCUCCAUCAGCAGAAAAUCAGCCGGCCUGGAGAAUGUCAUCCCCUGAGAAAAGAGGGAGUACAAACACUACCAAAACGGCGAGAAGAAGAGAAUUCUGUGGAGGCACAUGAUGGAAAUGAUUUUAAAAUACCCGUUUUACCUUAUGGGCAGCGCUUAGUAAUAGACAUUCGAACAACAUGGGGAGACAGACAUUAUGUUGGUCUUAAUGGAAUUGAAGUUUUCAGUUCUAAAGGAGAGCCUGUUCAGAUUUCAAAAAUAACAGCUGAACCACCUGAUAUAAAUAUUCUACCAGCUUAUGGCAAAGAUCCCAGAGUAAUAACCAAUCUAAUUGAUGGGGUUAAUCUGACGCAGGAUGAUAUGCAUCUCUGGCUAGCGCCAUUUACCCCUGGAAAACCUCACUUUAUCUUUAUUGACUUUGUGAAUCCCUGUCAAGUAGCUAUGAUUAGGAUUUGGAAUUAUAACAAAUCUCGCAUACACUCUUUUAGGGGUGUGAAAGACAUUAUAAUGAUGUUAGAUGAACAGUGCAUCUUUAAAGGAGAAAUUGCUAAAGCUUCAGGAACCUUGUCUGGAGCUCCAGAGCACUUUGGGGAUACGAUACUGUUCAGUACCGAUGAUGAUAUUCUUGAAGCUAUAUACUGCUAUGAUGAGACAUAUGAUGGAGAAAUGGAGAAUGCCAGCUCUCUGAGAUAUGAAGAAGAGCUAAAGAGGCCAACAACUGCUGAUGGGGAUGGAGAUGAAAGACCUUUUACGCAAGCAGGGUUAAGAACAGAGGAUCAACAGGUUCAGAAGCAGGUAGUUCUGCUCGAUUCUCUCUCUGCUUGUACACCCAAGGAACCUGGGAUAUUUACUGGAAAGUGCCUGCAACUGAAUUUUACCAUGACCUGGGGAGAUCCUCAUUACCUUGGACUGACCGGACUGGAAGUGAUAGGAAAGAAUGGCCAAGCAUUAAAAAUAAGUACAGAACAGAUUUCUGCUUCACCCCAAGACUUAAAUGAUCUUCCAGAGUAUACAGGAGAUUCUAGAACAUUAGAAAAGUUAAUAGAUGGGACUAAUAUUACAGCUGAGGAUGACCAUAUGUGGCUCAUUCCUUUCUCUUUUGGAGAAAAUCAUCUGCUCACAAUCCAUUUUGAUAAAAGUGAAAGCAUUGCAGGGCUUCGUUUCUGGAACUAUAAUAAAUCUCCUGAGGAUACCUAUAGAGGGGUGAAGGUCGUCCACGUAAUGCUGGAUGGUCACAACAUCUCCCCACCAGAGGGCUUUCUCAUCCGCAAGGGACCGGGCAACUGCCACUUUGACUUUGCCCAAGAAAUUCUCUUCGUUGACUAUCUCCAGCCCCAGCUGAUUAACAGGCUACAAAAGAGAACUGGUUCAAAGAGAAUGGAACAAGCUAGUAUGGACUAUGAAGCACCACUCAUGCCGUGUGGUUUUGUUUUCCAGUUUCAGCUUCUGACAAGUUGGGGUGAUCCAUACUACAUUGGUUUGACUGGCCUGGAGUUGUUCGAUGAACAUGGAGACCAAAUUUUACUAACUGAAAACAAUAUUGCUGCUUUUCCAGAUAGUGUCAACGUUUUAGAAGAUGUAUCUGGAGAUAUCCGAACUCCAGAUAAACUCAUUGACAGAGUAAAUAACACAACUGAUGGCAGACAUAUGUGGCUUGCACCACUUCUUCCUGGUUUGGUGAAUAGAGUAUAUGUUAUUUUUGAUGCGCCUACUACUGUGUCAAUGAUCAAGUUGUGGAAUUAUGCCAAAACACCUCAGAGAGGUGUGAAGGAAUUCGGUCUUCUGGUGGAUGACUUGCUUGUGUACAAUGGGAUUCUGGAUAUGGUGAACCAUGUAGCUUCAGGCAUCCUACCCACCUGUGAUCCAGUAGUUCCAUAUCAUACCAUUCUCUUUACGGAUGAUGAGAAGAUUUGCCAUCAGAAGAGAACUGUAAUUAGCAAUCACGUGGAAGAUCAGGAUGUACGAAUGAUGAAUGAAAAUCAGAUUGUCACCAACAGCAAAAAGAAGCAGGUUGUGGCUGAUCCAGCUUUGCGUCCAAAAACCUGUCUGUGUGAAAAAGGACUGCAGAGGAGGAAAAGAUAACAAGGGCUUGACUGCAAAGUCCUGAAUACAUCCAGCUCUGGACACUUGCAUCUUGGAGAGCUAGAUGACUUAUCAUCCAGAUGGAAUUUACUCCAUGCUUGCUGCUGAACCACCUCCUGUCUUAUGAGAGGAAGUUGCCUUUGCUACAGGAAAACUUCCUUCAGUAAUGAAAUUUAAAGCAUGAAUUAUUUAGUUUUCUGGUUCUUUCAUUGUCAUUAUCUGCAAUGACAAAUCAGAAAGUGGGUUUAUUGAGAUUUAAUGAGUAAGCUUCAGCUUUCACUUACCUUUUUUUUUUCAGUGAAAAAAAUGAUUUCUUCCAUUAUUUCACUACUAUGUAAAAGCAAAAGAAAAAAAAAAAAGCAUUGGCACUCUACACAUACUUCAAAGUCUCUCUGCUGCCCACAACUACAGCCUGCAUUUGGUUCUGCGAGCAAGGAGGCCAUCCCCCUGGGCUGCACCACCCAGCUCUGCUGCCAGCAAUGCACCAUCCCUUUUGAGAAGUGGUAAAGGCAUUUUAAUGAGCAGAUGGUAAGGAGUGAAUGGCAUUUUUAAAACACUGAGUACCCUGAAUGUCUGGCCAUUUAACCAGAAAUUCUAACCAAAUAAUUGUGCUGCAGGAUUUGUAGCUAUGCAAAUGUCCUUUUCAAUUAAUAUUUGUCAGUGGUGACAACCUGUAAAUCUCUUAUAAGAUCUCAUAGAACAUUCUUCCUUCCUCAUUUAGAACUUAUUCAUUGUUUUCAAAGAGAACUGAAAGCUCUGAAACGCUUUUAUGUGUGAAACAAAGAUGCAUACUAUUGCAGCUCAUGAUACAGAUUCAAAAUGUGCUCCUUUACUUGCUGUAGUAAGUCAGGAGCUGCAGUAGCUUGUGUAUUUGUUUACAAAAUACUUAGCUGUUGUUGGCUGAGCCAUAAAGACCCAACAUAGCAAUACAUUUCCUGGAUUUCUCUAUACUGAUGGAGUAACAAAAUGUAUUUUGUACUAAAUGCACAAGACUUCUAUAUGUAAAAUAGAUGCUUAUUUGUUUAUAAAUAGAAUUUGUUAUGGAUUUUAAUUAUUGGUAUUGUUAUUAGCAUGACAAGUGCUCAUGCUAAGAAAAGAGCAGAUGAAUAAAAGACGUUUUCACAAA